AUGCGUGCUCAAGCAACAAACAAGAGGUGGCUAUCACUGAUACAACGCGAAGCUGCUACGCCUCUGUGGCAAGUCAUCCGGCGAGAUCAGACUACCCACAUCCCUUUUGAGCACUCUUUCGGAGAGAGGACAAUACAUCACGGUUUGCGUGGGUCGAUGCUUAGAAUAUUCUUUCAGUGA